CGGACGACACUCAAGUCCGAAACGAGAAGAGUCCCUAUACCCCCUCACCGCAUGACCCCUCUCAAAAAAGAUUGGGUGAAUAUCUUCGGGCCGUUGACAGAGAUCCUCGGCCUGCAAGUUCGGAUGAAUGUUCAGAGGAGAUGUGUAGAGAUCAGAACGUCAAAGCAUACCAAAGAGGUGGGAGCUCUUCAAAAAGGAGCAGACUUCGUCAAAUCAUUUGCCCUCGGCUUCGAUGUCAAUGACGCGAUUGCGUUGCUUCGUUUGGAUGACCUUUACCUUGACUCCUUCGAGAUUAAGGACGUGAAGACUCUUCAUGGCGAUCAUCUAUCCCGUGCCAUCGGCCGAAUCGCUGGUCAAGAUGGUAAAACAAAAUUUACGAUCGAAAACGCCAGUCGGACACGAAUUGUCCUCGCAGAUACCAAAAUCCACAUCCUGGGUUCCUUCCAAAAUAUAAAAAUUGCAAGAGACGCAAUCGUCUCGCUUAUUCUAGGUUCACCACCUGGCAAAGUAUACGCAGGUCUCAGGACUGUCAGCAGCCGUAUGCGGCAGCGUGCAUUGUAAAUCCCGAUGGUGUUUGUACUUUACGGUCACUAUGCGAUCUGAGGAGGUGUCCUCUGUACGUCC